AUGACACCAAUCUAUCAGCAAUUCCUGGCUUUGCAAUUUACAGUCGAGGAGAUCAAUGAAAAUCCCCAGAUUUUACCCAACCACACCCUGGGCUUCCACAUCUAUAACAGUUACUUUACUGCCACAUGGACCUAUCGUGCCACAUUAGAACUGUUCUCGACCAAGGAGAGAUUCAUCCCUAACUACACGUGUGACCUUCAGAAAAGACCAACAGCUGCCAUUGGCGGACCAAGUUCUGCAGUUGGAGCCCACAUGAACACCAUCCUUUCUCUCUACAAGAUGCCACAGUUCAUCUAUGGCUCAACUCCAGAGAAAAAUGAAAAAGCACAGGCUGUUUCAUACCAACAGAUGUCCCCAAAUGCAGACCAUCAAUACAAUGGGAUUCUCCAAUUGAUGCUCCACUUCCAGUGGACUUGGAUUGGGAUGGUGUAUUCAAAUAGUGAGAAUGGUGAAAGGUUUGUUCAAGACGUGGUCCCCAUGUUUUCCCUGAGUGGCAUCUGCUUUGCCUUCAUUGAAGCUUUGCCAGCAAUUACUUAUUCUAAUAAUAUUUUGUCUUCUGUGGAAGCUGGGAUUGAAACAUUCAAGGUUUCAAUAAGGAGCACUGCUAAUGUAGUGCUAAUCCAUGGUGAAGCUGAAUAUAUGAUUAUUUUGAGGAUAAUUCCCACCAUAUCCCAAGUGGAGGAUAUACCGCUAAUAGCAAAAGUUAAAGUCUGGGUGCUGACAGCUGAGUUGCAUUUCACAUCACUUCCCUUUCAAAGGAAUGAAGACAUAGACUUCCUCCAUGGUGCUCUAUCCUUUGCAAUUCACUCAACGGAGGUGUUGGGAUUCCAGGAAUUUCUUCAGAUGAGAAAGCCUCACAUGACAAAAGAAGAUGUUAUUAUGAAGCUCUUCUGGAAAAAUGCAUUUGAAUGUUCAUUCCCCAACUCCAUGAUGGAGGAGAAAGAUGCAGUCAUGUGUACUGGGGAAGAAAAACUGGAAAGUCUGCCUUCAUCUGUAUUUGAAAUGGACAUGACUAGCCCCAGCUACAGUGUCUACAAUGCAGUCCUUGUGGUGGCACAUGCCUUGCAUGACAUGCAGGCAUCCAUCUUCAGGUAUCGAGCAGGACACCAUGAAGCCAAACUAAACCUUAUGAAACAACAGCUAUGGAAGCUCAACCGCUUUGUACGAAGGGUAUCUUUCAAUAACAGUGCAGGGGAAAAAGUUUCCUUCAAUCAGAAUGGAGAGUUAGAGGUUGGAUUUGACAUUAUGAACUGGAUUGUCUUUCCAAAUCAGUCUUUUCUGAGACUCAGAAUUGGAGGGAUAAAUAGCAUGGAGUCCCAAGAAGUGAUGUUCUCUCCUUCUGAAGAAUCUAUUGCAUGGCCUAGGAGGUUUAACCAGGCCCAGCCACUUUCUCUGUGUAAUAGCAAGUGCCAUUCAGGAUACACUAAGAAAAAAGUAGAAUCAAAGCCCUUUUGCUGCUAUGAUUGUCUUCGAUGUCCUGAUGGGAAGAUUGCUAACCAGGAAGCUGCAGUCCUCUGGAUUUUUAUUACACAUCAGGAUACUCCUCUAGUUAAAGCCAAUAACCGAAACCUGACCUACACGCUCCUUGUUGCUCUCUUGCUGUCUUUCCUCUGUGCUUUGCUCUUCAUUGGCCAGCCAUCCAAGGUGACCUGUGUCCUCCGUCAAACCGCUUUUGGAGUUAUCUUCUCAGUGGCCAUUUCUUGUGUUUUAGCCAAAACUCUCAUUGUGGUUCUGGCUUUUAUGGCCACCAAGCCUGGGACCAAGGUCACCAAAUGGGUGGGGAAAAGACUUGCCAUGUCGGUAGUAUUUGGCUGCUCCUUUGUUCAAGCUGUGAUAUGCACUGUGUGGCUGACAACCUCUCCCCCAUUCCCAGAUGCUGACUUGACUUCAGUGGCAGAAGAAAUAGUUCUGGAAUGUAACGAAGGUUCCAACUACAUGUUCUACUGUGCCCUGGGCUACAUGGGCUUCCUUGCCUUGGUUAGCUUCACAGUCGCCUUCCUAGCAAGGAAAUUGCCUGGUGCUUUCAAUGAAGCCAAGUUUAUCACCUUCAGCAUGUUGGUCUUCUGCAGCGUUUGGUUGUCCUUUGUUCCAACAUACCUGAGCACAAAAGGAAAAUAUAUGGUGGCUGUGGAGAUCUUCUCUAUCAUAGCCUCCAGUGUUGGGAUACUAAUUUGCAUCUUCUUCCCCAAAUGUUUUAUCAUUAUAUGGAGAUCUGAUCUAAACAAGAAAGAAAACCUACGGAUAAAAAACAGUAUAAGAAUAUAA